CCCGCGCGCGCCCGGCCCCCUCCCCCGAGGGGGAGCCGCGUGCUUGUCCGCGCGCCCGAGGAGCGAGGGAGGGAGGGAGGGGGAAAUCCCCCCGCCGCAGGGGGGCGCUCGGGGGUCCGACCGAGGAGCAGCCGCCAGUUGCCACUAAGUUGGUGGCCAGCCCAGCCCGGGAGCAGCGGGACGCUGCUGCAGCUGCUCUUCCUCUGCACCCCGUCCCAGCAUGGAUAGCAAGCCUCUGCUGCAGGACCGACCCCCUCCCUACACCGUGGAGGCCGGCCGGGGCGACUACGCCUACGGGCAGCAGCACCAGCAGCACAACUACGGGGCCAUCCCCGCCGAGCCCCCCCAGCCCAAUUUCCAGCCUGGCUUCCAACCGGCCUUUCAGCCCCCGCCCUACCCCUACACCACCCCAGUUGGACCGAACUACCCCCAUGGAGCUUACACUGUUAUCCAACAGCCUGCCUCUUCUAUAGUGGUCGUUGGAGGUUGUCCAGCCUGCAGAGUUGGGGUUUUGGAAGAUGCCUUCACCUGUUUCGGUAUCUUUUGUGCCAUUUUCUUUUUUCCUUUUGGCAUUUUCUUCUGUCUUGCAUUGAGGCAGCGAAGAUGCCCUAACUGUGGAGCAACUUUCGGUUGAACGGAACAAUCUGACGAGGCAUCCUGAAACACCUCUUCUCCCCUUCCCCCAGUAAUCUUUUUCUAAUGUAAAUGUCAUGUACAAUCAGCUUUAUUUGAUCAAGCUUCAGAACUGUUUUGUAAAGUAUGAUGGAUUUUUGCAUGUGAGAUCUAAUGUCCCUUGGGCAUGUGUGUGGUAAAAUAAAGAGCAACCUGCUUCUAAGGUUAAUGACAACUCAGAUUUAAAACAUUGCUUCUGGUUUUUGCAGUCUUUUCGAUUUGUGCAAGAAAUGUUGUUUUUAUAAAGGAAAUUCAUAGAGUUUAAACUAUUUCCGCUUAAUUCAGUGUCUGCCCACUGUCACAAUGUAAAUUUUUUAAAAAUAAAAGUUAACUCUCACUUCA